AUGGAUACUCCUGAAUCAUCUCAGAACGAUCCUACCACCCCUACUCGACCUCAGAACAAUCCUACCAAUCCUACUCAACCACACAAUGAUCUUACUACCCCUACUCAACCUGUGAACAAUCCUUCCAACCCUACUCAACAUCAAAACGAUCCUACCACCCCUAACCAACCUCAAGAUGAUCCUACCACCCUACUCAGCCUCAGAACGAUCCUACCAACCCUACUCAACCUGAUAACGAUCCUAUCAUCCUACUCAACCUCAGAACAAUCCGAUCACCCCUACCCUACAUCAAGAUGUUCAUACAACCCUACUCAGUCUCAAAACGAUCCUACCAAACCUACUCAACCUUAG